ACGGAUGCGCUCACUGGCGACGUGGAGAGGGGCGGCUUGGACGCUCGCGAGAAGGAUCCGAUGACUCCUGGCGCGGCCGUGAAGGCUUCGAAACCCGAGCCUUCCGCGUGGCUCGCGUCCGUGGCGCUCGUGUGCCUCACAGUUCAGAACAGUAGCGCUGUGCUGGUCAUGCGGUACACGAGGGCAACGGAGACGGAAAACGAGUUCAUGCCGCAGACUGCGGUGAUCAUGCAGGAGCUAUUGAAGGCGUUUGCGUCAAUGUUGUUGGUCUUAAGAGAGCACGGCACCUUGUCGUCGACAUUCCAGCAGAAGGGCGAACUAGCCAAGUCUUGCGUCCCUGCCUUUCUUUAUGUGGUUCAGAACAACCUGCAGUAUUUGGGGUUAUCCUACCUCCCAGCGGCGAUCUACCAAUUGGCUCUCGUGCUAGAGCAGGGCUUCUUCCACGGGUACACCGCGGUGACCUUGGGGAGCAUUGCCUUGCAGGGCCUGAGAGGCCUGCUGAUCGCGAUCGCCAUUCGAUAUACGGACAACAUAAUGAAGAACAUCGCGACGUCCCUCUCCAUUGUUUUGUCCGCCGUGGUCUCGGCAUUUGUUUUCGGCACCCAGCUGACUGCGAUGUUUUUGGCUGGGGCAUCAUUGGUCAAUGCUGCAGCUUACUG